CGCAUCUGAACUCCAUCGUGCUCAUAAUAAUUAAUACGGUUUGCAUCCGAAAGUAAUUCCCUGUAAAAGAAAUUAAGUAACGAUUUUUCUCGUAAAUUUAAAAAAUAUGCCGAAUAACGAACAUUAUCAAGAUGAUAUUAUGUAUAUCACGAAAAUAACGCGUAAUGUUUUGAACGUACUCGGAGUUUGGCCGUCCUUAGACGGAGGAAAAUUAAUCGGCGGCCGAGUCUGCAGGCUUCUAAUAAUCAUAAUUGCUUGGUUACUCCUUUACUGCGUCCUGAUCCCCGGUUUCCUCUUUUGGGUGCUCGAGAAGAGAACACGCAUCAAGAUUCAGGUGUUUCCUCUACUUGUUUUCGGUUUUAUGGCCAUCGGUAAAUAUGGUAAUUUGAUACUUCGCGAGGGGCAGAUCAGACGUUGUCUAAAACAUAUCGAGGAAGACUGGAAGUAUGUAAUAGAUACGGACGCGCGGAACUUAAUGAUCGAAUCCGCGAAAACUGGAAGACGCCUAGUCACAAUUUGCGCAAUCGUCAUGUACGGCAGUGGACUUUCUUACCGGACGAUCUUACCGUUGUCCAAAGGAAAGCUCGUCACCGCGCAGAACGUCACGAUUAAACCCUUACCUUGUCCGGGUUAUUUCUUCUCUUUCAACGCGCAAGCCAGCCCUACUUAUGAGAUGAUUUUUGCGAUGCAAUUUUUUUCUGGUUUAGUCACCUUUUCGAUUACGACAGGCGUGUGUGGUCUCACGACUAUCUUCGUGAUGCAUGCUUGUGGCCAGCUGAAGGUACUGAUGAUGCUGAUGACACGUCUCUUCGAGGAGCAGUGGUUUAAGAAACAUGAUGUGGAUAAGAAACUGGCCGAAGUAGUCGAAUAUCAAAUAAGAGUACGAAGCUUUUUGCAAUUAGUGGAGCGCACUAUGCAACAAAUGUGUUUGAUAGAAGUAAUAGGAUGCACGAUAAUUAUCAUCAUUUUAGGAUAUUUAAUAAUAAUGGAAUGGGAGAAUAGUAAUAGAAUAGCGAUGUGUUCUUACUUUACGUCUCUCACAUCUAUGACGAUAAAUGUAUUUAUGUUUUGUUACACUGGUGAGCAGCUUACCACCCAGGCGGAAAAGGUAGCUAGUACAUCGUGCGAGCUCGAGUGGUAUCGUCUUCCGGACAAAAGAGCACGCGGCAUCGUGUUGGUAAUGAUCAUGUCUAAUUUGCCCACCAAGCUCACUGCAGGAAAAGUCAUGGACCUCUCCAUCAAAACAUUUGGUGAUGUGGUUAAAACGUCUAUGACAUAUUUUAAUAUGCUUCGAAACGUAGCCGGUUGAAUAUUUGUGCUCUACUGAUCCAGAUCAUGAUACAAACUAUACAAAUUGCAAUGAUGAUAUCAUAUCGUGUAUAUUAAUGUUAUG